CUGCCAAUGAUGAUGGACACCCCCCAAAAGACAAAAGGCUAAAACCCAACAAUUUAGAAAAAUAUAGUUUUCAAGCCAUUAGCCCAUUACAAGAAGAAGAAAAAAAAAGGACAAAUCUCUGAAACAUGUCUAUUCAUUUUACAAACAAAAAAAUACACCCUCCUCCCUUUCUCCUUUCCACUCCUUAAAACCGAACUUUCAGACAGACCCAAAAGAAAGAAGAAGAAGAAAAAAAGACUCCUCUCCUCCAGAACCCCUAUACCCUCUCUUCCUUUCGAUGGAGGAAUCCAAGCAGCCAUUUCUUCUUGCUCCAAACGAUAACAUACAGCAGCAGCAAGACCCGAUUCCUCCUUUAUCAUCAUCACCUUCUUUUACAGCUGACGCAGAAGACAUCCAGCCCAUCAACGGCCUUCAGGAUUUCUACACAGAGUUCUGUGCAGAGUCCAAGAAGCUGUGGUACCUUGCCGGCCCGGCAGUUUUCACCACCUUGUGCCAGUACUCGCUCGGAGCCGUCACCCAAGUCCUCGCCGGCCAUGUUGGCACCUUGGAGCUUGCUGCUAUCUCUGUCGAGAACUCUGUUAUUGCUGGCUUCUCCUUUGGUGCCAUGCUUGGAAUGGGGAGUGCUCUGGAGACACUCUGCGGCCAAGCAUACGGAGCAAAACAGCUGGACAUGUUAGGAAUCUACAUGCAGAGAUCAUGGGUCAUCCUCACAACGACGGCCUUCCUCCUCAGCUUCCUCUACAUCUUCGCCGGGCCGUUCCUCGAGCUGAUCGGGCAGACCCCGGAGAUCUCCCGAGCCGCGGGGACCUUCUCCAUCUACAUGCUGCCACAGCUGUUCGCCUACGCGGUCAACUUCCCCAUCGCCAAGUUCCUCCAGUCUCAGAGCAAGAUCAUGGCCAUGGCCGUCAUCUCCACCGUCGCCUUGGUCCUCCACACUUUCUUCAGCUGGCUCCUGAUGCUGAAGCUCGGCUGGGGGAUGGUGGGGGCCGCGGUGGUCCUCAACGGCUCGUGGUGGUUCAUCGUCGUGGCUCAGCUUCUCUACAUCUUCAGUGGGACUUGUGGGCAGGCCUGGAGUGGGUUUUCGUGGAAGGCGUUUCAGAAUUUGUGGGGGUUCGUCAGGUUGUCACUUGCUUCGGCUGUUAUGCUCUGCUUGGAAGUUUGGUAUUUUAUGGCUUUGAUCCUUUUUGCUGGGUAUCUGAAGAAUGCAGAGGUCGCUGUCGAUGCCUUGUCCAUAAGUGAAAGGGUUCAUAGCAAAGUGAUUUGCUGUUUCAUUUCUUCGACUCAUUCGUGCAGCGUAAGGGUGUCGAACGAACUAGGAGCAGCCCAUCCAAGAACCGCAAGGUUCUCGCUAGUGGUAGCAGUGAUAUCUUCCUUCCUGACGGGACUCCUAAUCUCCCUUAUCCUCUUCAUUGCCAAAAACGGGUACCCAGCUCUGUUCUCCAGUGAUACCGACGUCAAGGCACUAGUGAAGGCGCUCACCCCAUUGUUAGCUCUCUCCAUUAUCAUCAACAACGUCCAACCUGUUCUCUCCGGGGUGGCCAUUGGAGCAGGAUGGCAAGCAGCAGUGGCAUAUGUGAACAUUGCUUGCUACUACGCGUUUGGGAUUCCCAUUGGUCUAAUUUUCGGCUACGUGCUACACCUGGGUGUCACGGGGAUCUGGUAUGGGAUGCUGGGAGGGACAGUACUACAGACUCUGGUUCUCUUCUGGAUGGUCUACAGAACCAACUGGAACAAAGAGGCUUCUGCUGCUGAAGAAAGGAUAAGAAGAUGGGGAGGAGAUGAAGCAACCAAAGAGACUAACGCUUGAUAUAAAAUGUGCUUCAAGUAUCUUCCGCAAUUUAGCGUCAAAAGGGACAAAUUUUAUUAUCAUUUUAAAGCUACUGGGAUUGGGCAGUGCUCAAUUCCUGGGCAAAAACCAGAACAUAUAACUACUCCUUGUUAUAUGGUUCUCCUUCAUCUUUGCUCGAAACUUCACAGCAAAGUCAACACAUAAUUAACUUUGCCUAUUGCAUGUUGGCUGUUGCGGGUAUCACAAUUCAAAUAAAAACAUAAUGACA